GCUUCGCUCUGAGCGUUGUUCAGUUCGCGUUGAGAUUUUGUCGAGCGCGGAUCUUGUCCGUUCCGUUUUCCCCCAAGUGGAAGAAUUGUUCUGAUAGCACCCAGUGAAGUUUGUUCUGCCGUUGGAGGUGUUUCGUGCGAUAGGUGAAGUGAAGUGGGCUUUUGAGCGCUUUUUCAAGCUUCUCCGUGGAGCUUCGGUGAAACCUUUAAGGUUCGGCAAACCGUUUUUAUUUUAUCGUAGGUGGAAGUGUGUUGAAGAAAUAAUAAAAAAAUCCCUCCCCACCGUCUGUGUGUGGGUUCAGCAACCUAGGAGGUGUUUGAUUGGUAAAAAGUGUUUUACCGAGAUUUACAGUGAUAAAGAAGUAUAAGGCCCUUAAUUGUUGAUUACUUAUUUAUAGUGGAUGAAUUUUACAGCAGCCACCUGGUGCUUUACAGUUUCUGAGGCGUGCGAAGGAUUAUUAACAAGAUUCGAGGAGAGAAAGCCAGUUAAACCCUAUUGUGAGUGAAAUUAGACCCCGAUAAGGAUACUCUGCACUGAAUACCAAAACCCUCCGGCAGCCGUAAUAAUAUAUGGAAGUGAUUGUUUUUGGAGCCGUUUGUGGAUCGUUUUAUUUUGUGUGGCUUCACCUGGUGUUCGUUUUAUCUACUGUCAUUUCGCCCAAGAAACUCUGGUCCGUCUUUGUGGAGCAACUUUAAUAGGGAAAGGAUUUUAACGGAUAAAAAGAAGCGAGCAUCGUACAUCGUGGUUGAGUGGGAUUGAGAAUUUAAAAUAAACCGUAUUUUUUCAAACUGCGAAUCUGUUCCCUGUUGUUAUAAAACAAAACAUUAUAUGUUAGUGGUUCUUGAAGAAAAGUUAUUUCGAUUGAGCAACAGAUCCUUCGUGCAGUAUAAACUUCACUUUUAAAAGCAAACUUGUUGGAAACUUGUCAGCUAUUCAACAAGGAAAGAGUCACCCAAUUCCUGUGAUACCGUAACUAGACACCGGCCCAUAACGUCGCACAGCACGCUUGAAGAUUGCAUGUAGACCACACCGGAACAUUGUGCAAUCGGCCAGUAGUGAGGUAAAACACAUUCGGGUCUCUUAAAAAAGUAUGCUUGAAUGAUCAACGAGGUUUAAAAAGCAAUCAAUGGAUAACCAUUGCUAAUAUGUUCAUGCAUUAAUACAUUUAUCGACGAAGUAUACAGAUCUCGCAUUGAAUGACUAUUCCACCGCCACGGAUCGUCACCUGUUACCGCAACGCUUUGCCCCACUCAACUCCAUCUUCAGCCUAAAGCUGUUUAUCGACAUGUGGCGGUUCUUCCGGGAUAUAAGAACCCCUAGCGCAACAGGAUCAUUGCUCAUCAUCGCGUUGAUGUUUCUCGAUGUCGGCACUCGCAAUGUGGCUGUUGCGGUUGAGCCUGUCGGAACCGGUGGCCCUUCGGUAGUGCACGAGGGUGAGGAUGCCCUGUUGACCUGUGUCGUAAUGACACCUUACAACAAUGACACCGUCUUGUGGCGGAAAGGUCCCAACGAGAUCCUGUCUGCGGGCGUGAAUCGUGUCACAAGCGACAAACGUAUCAGCAUUCUUCACGAUGACUCUCCCAACGGCAGAACCCCCCUCGGUGGCGACGUUUGGGUACUGCUAAUUAAAGACGCCCGCCUAAACGAUACCGAUGUUUACGUGUGCGAAGUGAAUAGCGAUCCGGUGGUACGAAGUUUUCAUCCCCUGCGAGUUAAGAAGGCGAAAAAACCCAACACCACCGAGUUCACAGCAGCAUCCGAAUCAACUACGUCCACCGGGGGCAAAUCGAACGCAGAGGAAAUUUCCGAAGAGGAGGAGGAUGAAGAUGUUACUCCCGAUGAAGCUCCACGCGUCCGCCACGAUUUCACCGGUUGCUGUCAGUCAACCAAUGUUAGCGAAGCCUGUCUAGGAUUCUGUGUGCUGCACAACAUUCUGGAAGGAAAUACCGGAGUGGAACCGGAGCAAUGCGAAAAGGAUUUUCCAAACAUCGUGAAAUGCAUGGCUGACGGUCGAAACCACGUUCCUUGUUGUGUAGAGAAGGGUAUACCAGACCUCUGCCAGGACAUGUGCCGAGGAGAGUACACUCCUUUCACUGAUCUUUUGAAAUCACGCGUGUCCUGCGUACAGCAUACCCUUCCCGGACUGCAGUGUAUUCUGGAUAACAUCCAGAAACUUCCUUCCGUACCGCAGUCUGUAGUCGUCGAACCUCUGACGGAACGAUCUCUUCAAAUUAGCUGGUCCCCACCGGAGCAGCUGGCCAAAACAGUCAAGUUCUACCAAAUCAAUGCAACCAAGUUGCACUCCUUCGAUCAGGAUUUCCUGGCAAACGCUACCAAAGAUAGUUUGAUAAGUAUCCAGGUAUCGACCGAUCAAAACUCGGCAAUACUUAGUAAUUUGGAACCGUUUACCAUGUACACGGUGACCGUGAGUGCUCACAACGAUUUCGGUUCCAGUCUGCCCAGCAUACGGAUACGUGCGUUGACCUUGGAGAACGGAGGUGGCAGUAAACAGACCAGCGUGGCCGUUGUUCCUGUGCUACCAGACGUCCGUGGUUGCUGCAUGAAGAAUGGCGUUACCCACCGUACCUGUUUGGAUAAAAUGUGUGAUCCGGUGAAAGCUGAUUUUACCGAAGUUCCGGAUCUGAUGGUAUGUGCUCCCUGGGCGAAUAUUACAUUCGGCUGUUUGGCCAACAAAAUGGAUCACACUUCGUGCUGUAAAUCACGUGGAAUUCCGGACGGUUGUUUGGCAUUCUGCUCCGGAACGGUAAAAGCCAUAAAUUUCAACUACUUCAAGUGUCUGCAGUACAUGUCCGACUACAGUAGCUGUCUGCUGCAAGGUUAUGGGGUAUUGUCGGGUCCUCCAUCCAAGUUGAAGGCACCUUUGAUUGCGUCACAUUUUGUGGUACUAGAAUGGAAGCCGCCGAAAACCCUUCCUGAUACGGUGACCUCCUAUCAUCUGCACUACAGACGGCUUGGAAGUGGCGAAGAGUAUAUUGUUAUAGAGAAGGACCAACCGCCUGUUAUCAUUGAAGACUUGGAAGCGGGACAAUACUACGAAGCGUUCGUAGUUGCCACUAAUGCACAUGGAAAGGGAGGACCUUCGCCGCGGUUGGUGUUCCAGACCAAGAAAGAGCAGACUCAAGCAGAACCAACCACUCCAGCAUAUAAUAUCACAUCUUGCUGUCACGCUUCAGGAUUGCUGCCACAAUGUGCUCCACUUUGUAGCUACGAUGUGAAAAUGUCAGAUCUGCAAAAAUUGGGAAAUAGCUGCAGAGGUCAAAUCGGUACGAUCGUUCGUUGUAGCGCGGGUGGUCGUGAUCACACUUCCUGUUGUGCUCGCCGAGCUGUUCCACCCAAAUGCCAGUCAUUGUGCCGUGGCGUAAUCACGCAGUCGCCUGCUGACUGUUUGCCAUACGCGGGAAACAUCAUUCAGUGCUUCGAAGAAGGAAUUGGCCCUAUUCCUUCUCCGGUAGAGGACUUGCAUGUUACCUCGGUGACGAACACCAGUAUUUCACUGGCUUGGGUUCCAUCGGAAAUCGAUCCGAAUAAUACGGAUACACAGGCGGUUGAUUACGUUGUUCAAUAUGGAAAGGUCGAUAAUAUGACCAUGUACGAAACGAUUAUCAAGUUGGAGAAUGAAAUAAAUACCACGGAAACUGACAUUGAGCUAACAAACCUCGAACCUAAGGGUCUCUACAGAAUAACAGUAAUCGCUCGAGGUCUCCAUGGAUCGUCACUUCCAUCCUCUAUGCUGCUGAUCAACACCUCGCGUACAGACGCAGCCAGUACCGUGUAUGGAGCUCCAUCUCCUCCCCAUUCCCUUUCGGUAUCUUCUCACAGCGCUACCUGGAUUACAGUGGCUUGGCAACCACCAGAGUUUUCUCAUCCCCAUGAAACCAUUACUUAUCGGGUUAUUCAUAAGGUUGCCAACAACUUCACAGUUAUUGAUACACGUCUGCUAUGGACGCGAAUCUCCAACCUGCAACCAAACACUCAACACAUCGUUUACGUGGUAGCCCUGGGUACUAAGGGAACUAGUUUACCUUCGGAGACUUUAGUUGCUUGGACUGACCCAGCUCUUCCGGCUUUCGUUGACCCUCCAACAGUGCAUCCUUCGGACAUAAUAUCAGAGGGUGGUUCGAUGACGAUCUUAUGUCUAGCAUUGGGUAAUCCAGCGCCAACGAUCUCACUUUAUGUUGGUGGACAUCUAGUUCGACAGGACACCUCGCGGCACAUGAUCACUGUGAUACACAAUGUUACCAUCGAUAUGGAACACAUAUCGUGCUACGCCGACAACGGAUAUGGAAUUCCGAUGCAGGCCUCCAAGAAGGUCAACAUCAGUUUUGCCCCCCGAAUACAGGCUUCAGGAAUUACAGUCGCUUCUGUAGGUGAAUCAGUCGAUCUUAAAUGUACGGUACGUGCAAGACCGAUUCCAAAGACGAUGUUCUGGCGUGAUCACGAUGGUCGCGUUCCAGUCAUUCAAGGUGGCAAUUUCGAUAUGUCAAUGAGAAAUGAUGUAGACGACUCUUCGCUUUACACGAUGACCCUGACGAUCAACAAACUAACAGGACAGGAAGUCGGCGACUACUUCUGCCAUGCAGAAAAUGCUCUCGGUUCAUCUACCCGUGCUGUAUCAGUGCGAAUUCGUAACACAGCUGCCUCUUCUAACAUAUCCGAAUGUUGCGUAGCACAAAAUGUAUCUUCUGCUUGCAUGAGUGCAUGCUCGUUCUACAUUGAUAUCGAGAGUGUAAUCGAUCGUCCGGAAUGCUUGGUAGACUUUGACAAGCUGAUGAAGUGUGCCGCUGAUGGAUCAGACCAUCGCGGGUGCUGCGCUUCGAAGGAUAUUCCUCGACGUUGUUUGAAUUGGUGCCGGGGAGAGCCGAUCAAUCCACCAGGAAUCUGUGCCUUGCAACACACUAGAACAAUUGUCGGAUGUUUCCAGGAGAAUCGUGAACGUCUACCAGGACCACCACAGAACCUCCAAGUGCAGGUUUUGAACGACGAAGAAGCAAUCAUCAAGUGGGAUCCGCCAACCAAGAACCCUCACACCGUCGAAGGGUACCGGUUGUUCUGGCAUGAUAUGGAACCAGUGACGGAGAAUUUUUCCAACGUUAUCAGCGGACUCGGAACGAGUCGGCUGGAUGCGCAGGAAACCAGCACUAAACUCGAAGGACUGAAACCGAACGUAAUGUACGAGUUGGUAAUCAAAGCCGGAAAUCAUUUUGGUGCAUCAGUCCUAUCGGAACCGCUACGAUUCACUCUAGGUGAUAACCAUAUCACAUCAGCUUCACAGGCAUCAAAUGCCGGCGUGGUCAGCGGAAUCAUCGCCGGUAUACUGGCCAUCGUGCUGGCAAUCGCAGCGCUGGUGGUAAUGAAGAAGCGAAAAAUUGGCCAGAAACAGGCCAACGGAGGAGUGGCUUUCGAAAAUCCUAGCUACCUCCGGGAGAUGAAUGUAGAACAUGUACAGAUCCCUGCUGUUUCUGGACAAUCCACUACCGACUGGCGGCAAGAAUCGUUGCACUCUGCCAACGGGACAGCCACUACCGGCCUCGGACAGGACAAUUCAGUAGUACCCAUGGCGACUGAAGUUAACCCUUCGCUUUAUGAGGAGCUUAAGCUCGGUCACGAUCGAGCUGGUUUCAAAAGACUAGUUUCUUAGGAAUUGGUGAACACUGCUCCCUAGAACAGAAGGCCAAUAGUGACCACCUUUAUGCUACAGGGAGCUUCGGGGAACAUGACGCAAAGUGUACUUGUAAAUACCAGUGGACAGUUCUAGAUGUGAUUAAUUGGGAUGUGUGAGUUGGGAUAACCGACCAGGGGACGUUAUAGAAAGUACCCAGUCGUUCACCUUUCAUCGUCGCUGUUUUUUGUACUAGUUGUGAUCGAAGGAAAGAUGGUGAUGAAUUUUUAGGUGCUGAAUAAGAUUUUUUAUAGGAUUAGACGAAUUUUCUAUAGCGAAAGUUAAACAAGAUGACGUUUCGUACACCAACUGAAAGAAAAUCGUAGUACUAACACACAUCACCUGGAUAUAUUACAAUUCUGUAAUACUGUAAAACCCAGAUUUUUUUAACCAGUAGGAUGAAAAACAAAUUCGGAUAAUUAGAUGACACCAACAUUCACACCACCACAACAACAAUCUAGUCAAAACGAUGAAAUCAGUUCACCGUAGACGCCAGUUCACCAGUUGAAAUCGAAUACGUAAACAAAAUAAUCGAACGAUCUGCAAGGUAGUUCAAGUAACCAGUGGCAAUAAUUCGUUAAGUUACCUAAACCCUCAAGAAUUAGAUAUUUAUUUCUUAUAUCAAUCAAGAAUAUUAAAAAAUACUUCUACAAAACAUUUAAUAAGGUCGAACUUAUUAGUCCAUUUUUAUUCCUUUCGGUUAGUGAUGUGUGUUUGAAAAAUAAUAUGAAAACUGAGCGUGUUUGCAAAUAGCGGCAGUAGAACAAGAUCUGAAUAAACUGUUUCCAACUUUUUUUUCUUCCAGGGAAAAAUUGUAAUAGGAAGUCAACAUUGUAAAUACGAUUCUUGUAACAAAUGGUUUUAAACACAUUUAGAAAGAUAGUCGGGAUAUUGAGUAGAUAAAUAAGACACAUUGAAAACACUGUUGUAUAGGCUACGAAGGAAUUCUUUGUAAGAAAACCACUAGAGAAGCAAUAAAGAAUACUAGUUUUAUAAAAA